AUGGAUUAUGAUGAAUACACUGGCGUGCCUCGUGGCCCGUUCCCGAUCCCCGGGGUUCAGAUCCUGGAUCAUCCCCCCAGCCAUGGGAGCACGCAGGCCCUCUUUCUGGUGGGCUGGACCAGUGAGGACGAUCCGCUCAAUCCGCGGAACUUCCGCGUCCGGACGCGAGUCCUGACCACACUGUAUGUGUCGGCGCUGGCGUUUGCGGUGAGCGCGUCGUCGUCGAUCGAGUCGGCCGUGCUGGCGCAGAGCAGCGCCGCGUACCGGGUCAGCGAGGUGGUGGCCUCGCUGUUCACCGCGGUCUUCCUCCUCGGCUUCGCGGCGGGCUCGCUGGUCUCGGGGCCUCUGUCGGAGAUCCUGGGCCGCAACGCGGUCUACACGGGGUUCACCUCCCUGUUCAUGUUGUUCAUCAUGGGCUCAGGCUUGUCCCACACCAUCGGCGCCAAGCUGGCAUGCCGGUUUCUGGCCGGCGUGUGUGGCUGUCCGCCGCUGACGUGCGCCGGGGGCACCGUCGCCGACAUCUGGAGCCCGCGCGAGAAGACGCUGAGUUUCCCGGGGUACGCCAUCCUCUCCUUCGGCGGGGCAAUUCUGAGCCCCGUGAUCGCCUCGUACAUGGGCCAAGGGACCCUGUCGUGGCGGUGGGUGAACUGGAUCGUCCUGAUCAUGGGGGGCCUGGUUCUCGCGCUCAUCGUCCUGCUGCAGCCGGAGACCUUCGCACCGCUGCUGCUGCGCUGGAAGGCCCGCCACUUCCGUCGCCUCACUGGCGACGCCCGGUUUCAGUCCCGGAUGGACCUGGACCUGGGACAGACCUCGAUCCUCUCCCGGAUUACGUCGGCCUGUGCGCGGCAAUUCACCUUGGCGGUCCGCGAGCCGAUCAUCCUGCUCCUCGCGCUGUAUAUGACAAUUCUCUACAUCGUGCUCUUUACCUUCUUCGACGGCUAUCCAUACAUUUUCACGGACGUCCAUCAUCUGUCGCAGGGGCUGACAAACAUUGUCUGGGUCGCCAUGUACGUGGGCAUCAUUCUCGCCGGGCUCUUGGUGCCGCUGAUGUACCAGCAACAUCACCGGGGCCGACGCCUCAAGAAGCAGCAGCAGCAGCAGCAGCAGGAGGAGGAUCGUCCAGCCGAUGGAGCCAGAGAGCGAUGCGCGCACACUUCCGACGCGGAGUCUGAAUCCUCUCUCUUCAUCCAGCCUGAAGAUCGGCUCUGGUACGCUAUGGUUGGUGCUCCUGCCAUCCCAAUCAGUCUAUUCUGGAUGGGAUGGACUGACUACAGCUCCAUCUCGGUCUGGUCCCCAAUUCUUGGCUCCUCGCUCUUCGGCUUCGGCAGUAUCUGCCUAUUCAUCUCCUGCUAUAUGUACGUGAUUGAUGCGUACGAGGCCUAUGCCGCCUCCGCUCUAGGCUUUAUGACUAUCACGCGCUACUGUGCGGCCGGGGGCAUGACUGUGGUCGGGGUCCCGUUCUACCAGAACAUGGGGGUGCACUGGACCUUGACGAUCUUGGGGAUCAUCAGUGCCCUUAUGGUCCCGGUACCGUAUACCUUCUGGAAGUAUGGGCCCGUCAUUCGCGGCUGGAGCCGCUUUGCAGUGUAGCUCGGUCGGUUCAGCCUUAUGUCGGUGCUUAAGGUGGGGGUGUGGGUGGGUGGCGGAGUGUGCGCUCACGACUCUGGUUAGUGGAUUGAUAGUCCGCCAAGGCAUUCAAUUAUACACUGCGAUGGUGGAGGGAUUUGUUUCAUACAUGGUUCUUUCCCGUCUCUUCUUUUCUUUCUUUUGGAUUCUUUUCUUGUCGUGAGUCCAUUUCAUCAUACCAGAUAAAGGGGAUUAUCGUACCGUUAGACUGAUUUGAAUAGAUGCCUGGUGUCUAGUCACUGGGCGAAAGCCAACCCCUGCACGUAU